GUGAGGUAGAAGAACUCCGGCCAUUCCUUUCAAUAGAAAAAAAUCCAAUACAAGCAAGAGAAUUACUUAUCUGGAUUCAGAGAUCAAUACCGGAUAAAUUUUCCUUCUUGUUAAAAGAUAAGAAUAGGAAUACUAAUAUUGCACCUCUUAAUCAAUUUUUAAGUUGCCAUAGAAUUACCUCAUAUAUAUUAAGAAAAAUAGGUGCCAAUUAUACUUCUAGAGUACAUGGAGGUAGGAAUGAUUCCCGCCGUCAAUAUUUACGGCAAUUGGCAUGUAGACAUAAAAUAGGUCAUGCUUUAUCAGUUGAAUAUUAUGGUGUAAUGAAUAACUGA